AUGAGCGGAAACGCAGGCGACAGAAUCGGCGGCGCCAUCAAGGGCGCCUUCAACGCCGUCCACGGCGUGGGCGAGACCAUCCGUGGCAACAUCAACGACGGUGUCGAUGCGGCCGGGGAGGGCCUCAGGGAUGCCUCCCACGACGACCGUGCCGCCGACCCCUCCGCCGUCGGCCGCAGCAGCGACUACGACACCCAGGGCAAUCACAGGGGCGUCGCCCAAGAGGGCACCGAAGAAUUCAAGUCGGGUAUUCAGCAGAUGAAGAAUGCUUUCAGCUCGGAUUCCUCCUCCACCAACACCACCACCGGUACCGCCACCAACACCACUGCCAACACCUCUACCUAA